AUGACCGUCCACAAAUCUCGCGGAUCGACCAAGAAGCUGGGCCCAAUCAGUAUCGGCAACAAAGUUGUGCGCUUCAGAAUCCCAAGCAUCGAACGUCGAUUCACCGUCCACGAGGACCUCAUCUGCCGCACCUCUGCGCUAUUCAAGAAGGAGCUCCAGAACAACCGCAAGAUCGUCGAGCAUGCCGCCGAAGCUGAGGAGUGUUGUAUCUGCCAAGAGGUUCUCGAUCCGACUAUCAAGGACAUUGCCUACUGCGUCAAGUGUGGCCAGGAUAUACAUGACUGUUGCAUCGAGCAAUGGAAGCGAAGUUCGACCACCCCCAUCAAGCCAGGCGCCGUUCGCCCGCUGCCGAAGUGUCCGAUGUGCCGCGCCGACUGGAAGACCGAGCCUCUGAUCAAGAGCCUGGCACUCAACGACAAACUCGACGCUGAGGCUGUGCAGAGGUACCUCGACUGGCUCUACUCCGGCCUCCUGCAUAUCCCCGCCACGAUGUCUCGCAAGACGGAGGUCUUCAAUCUUGCCCUAAUUAAGUGCUGGGCUGUCGCGAUUACCAUGGAAGACAAAUGCUUCAAGAAUGUGGUUGUCCGCACCUUCUUCAGCGAAGUCACUGCGCAGUUCUGGUUCGAGAGCGUGAGAUGGGCGUUUGCGAAUGGUGGUGCGAAGGACGAGAUCAAGGAGUUCGUCAUUGACGUGUUCAUGUCCGAUAUGGAGGCGGGAUGGUUCAGCAAGGAUGGACACAACUGGCCGACGGAGUUCGUCAUGGUGCUUGCCGACAGGGCGCUCGAUGGUGCGGCGCGGAGGAGCUAUGAUCAGGUGCAGAAGGAUUGGACGAAGAAGCUGCAGAUGGAGGAUGAGGAGGUCGAUGAAGGGGACGAGGAGGCUACAGGUGAGCUAGGGCACGCUGCAGACGAUCGAUACAGGACGGAGAAGGCGAAGAAGUGUUUCGACAACGCCAAACUGUCGGCCUACACUAGCUCUAGGAAUAAAAGAAGGGAUGACCAUGACCAGAGGGAGAAUACGACGAUUGGUGCGAAGUUGGAGAGCAUUAAGAUGAGGGUAGCAGAUUUGACCCGUGGCUGCGCGGCGUAUGACCAAUCGCGCUGA